AUGCGACGCGAGGACCGCCCUCUCAAUCGACUGAGUACCCUAGCAGAUCCUUUCUGGCUUCUCUUCAGCAAGUCAAAAUACAAGCAGCCCAUGAGCCGCUUCAUUCAUGGGACUGGGAUAUUUUUGUCCCAACUGAGCUUGUCGAGGAGUUACCAUCGAUAUAAAAGCAAAGUGAUUAAUCACCUCUUCUUCCUUAUCCCUUCGAUCGAUGUGCACAUUGAUUACGACCCUUCAGACUUCACACGUAGCCCCAGAGGCUUGCCAUAUCCCAAGCUGGAAGUCUUCAUUCAAAGCUGCCUGGACACCUACAACCUGCUCCAACUCUGCGAUGUUAUAGAUGGUACCAACGUUUCAGAGGAAUGGCGGGAGAAACACCUCGGCCUCGAGGGGACUAAUGAUGUAGAAUGGGCCAGGGAAAAGAAUAAGAGAGGACUGGAGUUUGGUGGGAAGUGGGCUCACGCUGCGUUUGCCCGAGAAGGGCGUAGGAGCAAACAGGACGUGGCAGGAGUUGAAUCCCCGGAUCCCUGGAUGGAGUUGUCCGACAUGUCAUAA